AUGAGAGCUAGUAUUUUUACAGAUUAAGUUAAAGCCAAAUAGUUUUUAAACCUUGACUGGAUGAUAUUGGAGUUCACUAUAGUGAAUGUAUUAGAAGGAAAACAAGGAGAUGAUAUUAUAAUAGAUAAUUACAAUGGCUUAGAAUCUUAGGAUGACUCUCAAAGCAGUUUUGUGAACGAACAAGGUCAAUUUAUACUAAAGCCGAAAUUAAAAUACAUCAGCAAUUAGGGUAUCCUUCAUUGCAUGUUUGAUGGAAGGAAAUUAAUUCUAGAAAAUCCAAAUCUUUUUACUCAAGAUAAUUUGAAGGUCACAUUAUAUUCUUUGGAAAAUGUCUAAGUAAACGCUAUUUUAUCUAAGAAAAUCAUCAGUGUUUAAUCUAAAGAAAUGAGACUAUAGAUUAACUUUAAUCCUAACAAAAUAUCGUUUAUACAGACUUAACAACAUAUGAUUUCAAUUAUAUUCAAGAUGGGUAUCAGAUUUAAGCAGGGUAACUUAGAAAUCAUCAUUCCUUAGGGGUAUGAAACAAAUAAAGUAAUUAUUCCAUAAUAAAAAGAGGAGAAUAGUGAAAGAAUAGUUUAACAGUUAGCUACUGUAGCUUAUAUUUUAAUCGGUUACGAAAGUAUGGACUUUAUUUAAAAUUUAGGCACAGAGAUAGUAAUGAUCUUCAUUAACAUCAUUGGUAUACUUUUUUUAGUGAUUCUUUCACCAUUCUAAAAAAUUAAGUUCAUAGGAAAACUUCGAGAUAAACUAAAAGAAGUAUUAAUCUUUGCUUUUACAAUAAGGCUUAUCUUAGAAUUAUUUUUAAGUUUCACACUUACUUCAAGCAUGUAAAUUUAAUAUGGAUACAAAUUCAGCAGGAUAAAAAGUUAUCAAGGUUACAGGUUGGCGAUUGUUAUUAUCAUUUUACUCAUUACAUUUUUGGCCAUAUAAAGCUUUUAACAAAAUUUAAUUGAAAUUUUUAAUGAGUCAUUAUUUGUGUGUGCUUGUGGCCAAUUUAUUGCUUUUGCUGGUGCAUAACAGAAUUAACAGCAAUCAGACACUGUUGGUUAUGUCAUUAUAGUUGAAAUUCUUUUAAUGUCAUUAGUAAAUGCUAUUGUAAUCUUUGCCGAAACAUUAAGGAAUUUCAGAAAUAAUUCAAAAAAAUUAAAACAAAGUAUAAAAAUAGUUGUCAAGGAGAUAGUUUUGAAAGUUAAAAGUAUCUCAUUCACGAAGAAUCCUCGGAUCAUAUCAAUUAGCCAAUAGACUACAGGAACAUAAGAUACAAUAGCUAAUUUAUUUGGCUCAAAUAUAGAUGUCAUUAAUGCAAAAAUAAGCCCUGAAUCAGUUAUUAAUUCUAAAUCAAUCUCUGAAGACAUGAUUUAAUCUAUUUCAGUUGAUAAUAUAUCUGGCUAUGUAGACAUUUAAUAGAUCUACGAUUAACAGGAAGAAUUAGGAUAUUAACUAAAAGAAAAAACUAAAAUACCCAAGAACAUUGAUUUGAAUGAUGAGAUUUCAUUUACUUUUACAAUUAAUCACCAAAAAGAAAUCUAGUAUUGA